GGCUGAAUAUUAAUGUAUAUAUAGUUACUUGUUGGUUUUAUUUUAUUUUAAUAAUUUUGUACUAAGGAGAAGAAUUUUUAUUAAUUGUUAUUGUAUAUGGUGAAAAUUUUGUUACUUAUUAUUGACCCAUCAGCCGUCACUGGUUUAAGCCAUUGAUUUCAUUGGGAUGGGUUCUGAAGAAGAAGAAGAAGAAGAGAGCGGGAGAAUAGUGAGGUUGGGAUCGUAUGGAGGAAAGGUGAGGCUGUUGCUGCAACCGUCACGAGAGGAGGAGGAGGAGGAGGAAUCGAACUCCGGCGUCGAUGAGGCCGAGGCAGCUGCAGAAGAGACGAUGCUGCUGUGGGGGCUUCAACAGCCGACGCUGUCCAAACCCAACGCCUUGGUGUCUCAAUCCUCUCUCCGCUUCUCCCUCGACUCCUGCGGCCACUCUCUCUCCAUUCUCCAGUCCCCUUCUUCCUUGGCCACGCCCGGUGUCACUGGCUCCGUCAUGUGGGACAGUGGAGUUGUCCUCGCCAAGUUCUUAGAGCAUGCCGUCGAUUCUGGGACCCUUCUUCUUCACUCCAAGAAGAUUGUCGAACUGGGUUCUGGCUGUGGAAUGGUUGGAUUUGAAAAACUAUUCCAUUCCAGUUGCAUUGCAGCUCUUUUGGGGGGCCAAGUUAUCCUCACUGAUCUGCCUGAUAGACUCAGGCUCCUAAGAAAGAAUGUUGAAGUCAAUCUCAGCCACUGUGAUUUGCGGGGUUCUGCAACUGUCAUGGAGUUCAUUUGGGGAGAUGAUCCUGACCCACUUUUGAUUCAACCUACACCUGAUUUUGUUCUAGGUUCUGAUGUAAUCUAUAGCGAGGGAGCAGUAGUGGAUUUGUUGGCUACACUGCAGCAACUCUGUGGAUGUGGAACAACAAUCUUUUUGGCGGGAGAACUUAGAAACGAUGCUAUACUUGAAUGCUUCUUAGAAGCUGCAGUGAAGGAUUUCGUGGUUGGUCGUGUUGAUCAAACGCAGUGGCAUCCGGACUAUUGCAGUAGCCGUGUUGUUUUGUAUGCUAUGGUCAAGAAAUGAUUUCUAAUAUCGAUAUUACAAGAGAAAGUGGAAAGGUGAUUCAAAAGUAAAACAUUUGCAUAGAAAAGCGGAAAAUUGUUGUCAAACUGUAAGGUUUCUUAGUUAGAUGGUUUGUGCUGCUUUUGUAAUGAACAUGAAUUGAAACUGGAUCCCAGUAGUAUCCCUAUGUGAUGCAUCUGCCUCUUUUGGCACCCUAAAUGCUUGGUUUGAUGCUAAGUUUGUCUUUACUCUCUAUUCUAAUUCACAGUAUUCUACUUUUCAACUUA